AACCAGGGAAGAGAUUGCAUAAUAAUACAUGUUUUUAUAGUCUGAAAGAAAAGAAAAUGCAAAGGAGUGGAAGGAAAGAGUGAAAGGGAGAGAUGCGCUGCAGUCUCUGAGUGGUUUGAGUCGAACAAGGACACCUGCCAAAUGCAGACACAUGCCGCAUCUCCGCGAAGGUCACUGCCUCGAGGCGGCUCCAAUCUCUCCCUUAUAGAUCUCCCUGGUUACUCAUUUCUCCGUCCCUCCUCCCCCCCCGCAAUGGCUUUGGGUCCAGCCUCCCCCUCGUCGUCGACCGUGUCGGCGACGGCCGCCUUAACCUCAUCUCCCACGACCACCACCAGCAGCUCCUCCAGUUCUUCCAGCGGUAUCUUCAGCACGAACGGCACCCCCGCGCUCAUCCUUGCGUUCCUCGCUGUCGGCCUCUUCGUCGGCGGGAUGCUCGCCAUGUUCGGCUUGCGCAGGCGCAUGGCUGGACGCGGCCUCCGGCGCUGGUUCGCGGGUGGCCCUUCAGCUGGAGGCUUAGAACCGGACGCAAUGGAUCUCCCCCAGAUAGGAGGGGGUCGCCGUGGGAAGAAGAGGAAGUCACUCGGGAAGAAGCCGGAGUUGUGGGACGUGUAUGUGCAGACCAAGGGCGUGGAGAAGGGCCUAUGGAGAGAGAUUAUGCCUAUCUCUUCGAAACAAUCGCCCCAUGUGGCGCACACCUUCCACGAGAUACUGGCUUCAGAUUCAGCGAUAGCUCGUGCAGAGUCACCAAGGCGGUUCACCCACUUCUUGAGACUUCCUCAGCACAACGUCGCGCCUAUCGCAGUCCCAGCUCAUGUACCAGAAGGACCUUUACAGGUUGCCGUCGUGAUCACUAUGCCCACGCCACCCUAUGCCGACUCUGAUACCCUUGACUUCACGCUUGGACUUGCGUCCAUGCCCUGGAAGAAAGAAUACGCUGAACUCGUUGGCGGCACUAUCUUCCCCGAGCAGAAUAUCGGACAGGAGCCCUAGAUAUAUCCGGACACUUGCAGUACUUAUUGCUCUCGGUCGCUAUUACGCUUUCUGUAAAAAUACUCACGUCACUGUACCAUCGCUGUAGUGUUCUAUACCGCACAUAUGGACUUGCGCUUGUACAGUUAUAAUUCUUCCCACUUUUCUCCUCCGAUGAUACCUUCUUUGAUGUGACAUGGCUGGAUCUCACGUCUUAUCUGCUCGAUUAUUCCCCUAGACUGUAUACCUUGCUGUACAUCAUUACUCUCACGCCUCAAAGCAAUGUACAACGCGAUAUAUUCUUCCCAGCAUCAAUCACAAUAACAUUCCUAUGAUGAUACCUACCAAUACACCAAUCAGCCCCAUCAAUACCCAUGCAUACGAGUCCCACAGACUGUCUUCUUCUUGCCAAGGUGCAACCCACAGCCACAUCCUCAGCACCGCCGCAAGCCCGCCCACACUGAAAUCCACAUCUUGGCCCCUCGCAAUGCGCCGCAUCAUGACAAUAUGCCACGCCAUGU